AUGUGGCAGGAGGCACUCCGGACCAGCCUUCCCGAGCUCUUGGGCGACCAGGAUAGGGAUGCUGAACUGUCCCUGCAGAUAGGCAGCUUGAGUGCUCCUUCCUUGCUGGCGGCACUUGCAGACGAGGGCACUUCGGGCUGGAUCUCAUCUCUGCACAAGCUGCCGGACUCGGAGAUUCUCCUUACACUGGUGCCCUCCUCCGACUUUGCAGCCACCCUCCCACCAGAGCUGGAUGGCUUCCUGGCCAAGGUCUUCCAAGAAGCAGAGGACGGAGGUGAUGGAGGCGCCCUUGACGAGGAAGGCUUCCCUUACACCGACGGCUUUCUGGACUUUCUCGAAGGCUCUGCGCCGUGA